UGUUGAUCUAGUAAAAUCUUGUCUCUCUGGAUUAUAAAUAUGGCAAGGAGAUGAGACGGGAGUUACAUAUUCCCCUUAACUCUGAGCAUCCUUGCACUGUCAUCUUGGUUUGUUUCAGCUACAUCACCAUGGCUCUUUGGAUCCGUUCCCUACCUCUCCUGUUGCUGCUGGCUGUUUCAGCUCCUACAAUUAGCCAAGCUGCUCCCAACCAGCGUCUAUGUGGCUCUCAUCUAGUGGAGGCCCUUUUCCUUAUAUGUGGAGAGCGGGGCUUCUACUAUUCUCCCAGGUCCCGACGGAACAUGGAACAACCAUUAGUGAAUGGUCCUUUAUCGAAUGAGGUGGAAGUACCACGCCAAGAAUUUCAGAAAACCAAGAGAGGAAUUGUGGAGCAAUGCUGUGAAAACACCUGCUCUCUCUAUGAGCUAGAGAACUAUUGCAACUAGAAGAAAGAAACUGGUCCAUGCAGGAAUAGAGAAAAAAAAGCACUUUUGCUACUGCACCUUUUUAAGUCAUUAAAUAAAAAAACCCUAUAUGAAUCUA